AUGACACAGGAUGUGAUCUUGAUCAUUGCCAGCACCACCGGCUCCGGAGAUGUUCCGAGCAAUGCCGCCAAAUUUGUCAGGGAGUACAGCUCGGCCAAAGCCCUAGAGAAAGCGCCGCGCUUCUCGGUUUUUGCCAACGGCGAUAGCACAUACGGUGAUACUUACAAUGCAGCCGCCAAACAGAUACAGGAGGUCAUGUCCUCGAUGGGCUGUCGGCCUCUGCUCGGCCAUUGUUUUGCGGGCGAUACCGCGGUGAAGAACCCCGACUGGGAAUCGUUCAACCAGUGGCUUAACAACAUUGACCAUCUGUUCCUGGGUAACCUUCACAAGGUCGAUCUUCCCACCAGCCUGGAAAACGUUGAAGACAAGACCACAGCCUUGAGAGAGAUGCCUUUUGCGACCCUGGUGAAGAAGUACCGACCUCACCCCAACGGUAUGGUUUGCGUGACGUUUGACAUUGGUGACCGAGAGUACCACGAGAUGGACCAUUUGAAGUUUUUGGCGCCCAACCCUCGGGCCGAGGUCCGACGCGCUCUGAAGUCUCUCGGAUUGCAGGAGAAUGCUCCAUUUAACUGGCACUCCGAGGACGCAUUCGGCUUUUUGUGCCGCUUUGUCGAUCUCAGCCGCCCGUUCAAAACUCUCGGCUGGUAUCCCGGAUUCGGUGAUCUGAAUGGAGAGGCGAAAUGUGAGCUGAGAAACCUCGCAGUUUGUGAUCUCCUAGACAGAGUCGAGUUCCCCUGGACAGACAAAUUGGUUGAGGAAGCCUGUAAAGACAUGGGCAGCGUCCAGCCAAGACUCUACUCGGUGGCCUCGUGCCAAAGAAAAUCGAGUAAUGACCUGGACCACAUUCAAGAGGAGUCGAGCGGCAACUUGGUUGACGUGUUGGUCAAAGUCAACGACAUGGGCAAAUUCAGCAACAUCUGGCUCCUCCAAGCCCCCAUUGGAGCGAAAGCGCGAUUUGGCCAGGCGAGCCCAGACACCUGGAGACUUGUGCGCGCCCAGCGACCUAACGCGCCUCUCAUCGCCAUUGCGACCGGCUCGGGCAUGGGUCCCGUCCGGUCUCUGCUUCAGAGCCGCAUGAGUGACCUCGAGUGGACCAGCGGCCUCGGCGGCACUCCACGGGCCAACGACGAAGCGAAAACGUUCACGAGCAAGCAAACCUCACGCAGAUCUUCUGUCGGGUCCAGCAUAGCGGUGCGUGCGAUGCCCAAGUUGGUCAACCACCAUGCCCACCUCGGCGUCUCCAACACGUCGGGUUCAAUUCAUCUUUUUGCGGGUUUCAAGACCAAAGAUUCCAUCCUAAUCGACCACCUGAUUCGUCCGGCGGCCAAAGCAGGCAUUUUCGGGACUUUGGAAUUGGUGCAGAGCAAUCCAGACAAAAUCCGGGUACAGGACCGUCUCACCGCCAACAGGGAGAAACUCGCCGAGCUCUUCAACGACCCAGGUUGUAUCGUCUUCGUCUGCGCCAAUGAGGAUGCCGCCAACGCGGCCGAGAAGAAGCUGGACGAGAUCGUUGGGUCAAGUGUACGCGAAAUGCUGGGGGAGAGGUACAUUGAGGAAGUUUUUCGAAGUCACCAUUGA